CAAUUUAAAACAUAUUUUCCACAAUAUGAUAAUGAUAAAGGUUUAAAAUCAUACAAAAGAUUUGAUGCAUUAAAAAAUUUUCAAAAAUUAAAUUUAUUACAUCUUGAUGGUUAUAUUCAAUGUGAAGAUAAAUUUUGGCAAUCACUUGAAAUUCUUAUAUUAAAAACUGAUAUAAAAAUAUUAAAUAUAACUUAUACAAAUAAUAUAAAAAAUUUUACAAUAAAAGAAUUUGUACAAUUUUUAAUGAGAUUAAAUAAGAAAAGAAAAACAUUAAAAAUUAAUUUAGAAAUUAAAGAAGAAAUUAUUAUAUCGAAGAAUUUUUUGAAAAGAAUGAUUGAACAAAUUAAUUUGUAUAAAGAUUAUGAUUUAGAUUUUAAACAAGACAAUUAUUUUACUCUAUGGGCUGUUGUUGAACGUCAACAUGAAAAUGACAUAAAAAAUGAGAAAAUUUUUAAUGAAGCACUAAAAAUCUUUAAUAUUAUAUUGGAAGAAAAUUAUUUUGAAUAUUAUAAUAGUAAAAAAUAUCAUGAUAAUGAAAUUUAUUUAACUGAUUUAAAUCCAUUACUAAUAAAUAGAAGACAAAGUAUUCCAGAAAGAAAUCAAGAAUUAUUAGAAGUUCAACAAUAUAAUAUGGAUUCAACAUCACCAACUCCAGUACGAAGGUUUAUGGCAGAAAAUGAAAAUUAUAAUCAAAAUAAUUUAAAUGAUUACACAAAUGAAAAUUUAUUAAUUGAUAAUGAACAUUAUUCACCAGAAGCUUUUGAAAGAAGAAAAUCACUAGGAAAAGCUCAAAUAAUAUUUAGUUCAGAUGUGGAUAUAAAAAUUUCUAAAAUAAAAAAAAGAUUACAAAAAUGUAAUUCAUUAAACUAAAAUGAAUAAAUAAUAUUCAAGAUUUCAAUUAUUAAUGAA